AUGGCCUUUUCUAGUAGACUCACUGCCUUCCUAUCACUCGCCCCGUCAAUUGUGACACCGGCACUCAACUGUCGGCCAGAGGGACCAGAUGUGCCCAAACCGACAUGUCUCACAGAGUCUCCUAUCUUCCAAACGGCCGCCUCCAAUCUAACAAAAGCUCUUGACGCUGCUGUUUCUGGGUCAAUUGAAGCUGGCUGGGCCAUGGAGAAUUCCUCAUUUUCGCUAGCCGUCAUCAGCCAUGAUCAAGAAAACGCCGGCGUUCCAAUCUGGGCAUACCACCACCUUUCGCCAGAAAACACUCGAGGAACAAAAAGCCUAGACCGAAACUCACAGUACCUCAUUGGCUCCAUCUCAAAAGUUACGACUGUUUACAUCCUUCUCAAAAGCGGUAUUGACCUGGAUGCUCCCGUCACCGAGUUUCUUCCCACACUCGACGACCCAAAUUCGACCAUCCCGUGGCAGAAUAUCACCCUGCGAAUGCUGGCCUCGCAUCUUGGCGAGGCCCCAGUGAAUUUCAAGUCUCACAAAGUCCCAGACGUCUAUCUGGCGCAUGGGCUUCCGCCUAUGAAGGACAGUGAUUUCCCGCCCUGUGGUGUUGCGAAACUCAACAAAGAAUGUUCUGACCAACAGGCCCUCGCCGGAAUGACCAAGUUGUAUCCCGUCGCCCCUCCCAUGAAGCGUCCUGAAUACUCCAACACUGGGUUCGCCAACGUCGGAUCGGCCUUCGAGAAGUUCACUGGGAAGAAUUACACGCAACUUGUUCAAGAGAUCUUUUCCGAUCCACUGAACCUCCAAGACACGUUUCCCUCGCCAGUGGGUGAUGAGAAGGGUGUUAUUCCCCCUGGUGACACUGGAGGGUUAGUAUCCUCAGUGGCAGACAUGUCAAAAUUUGCCCACGCCCUCCUAUCACGAACCCUGGAUUUAACUACAACUGAGAUCGAAGCAUGGCUCAAGCCAGCCUCAUUCGCGGGCGGUCCCAACUCCAUGACCGGGAUGCCCUGGGAGAUCCUUCGCCUUUCGGACCUUACCCCUGACCAUGUACAUCCCGUGGCCGUUUGUGGGAAGAAUGGUGCUACGGCCGCAUAUCGAAGCCAACUGAGCUUCGUGGACGACUAUAGAAUUGCCAUCGUGGUUUUGACGGCUGGGCCGAUGCAAGCUGCGCCGCUUCUCGUAGAUGUGAUAUUGUCGACCUUUGUCUCUGUUGUUGAUAAGGUAUCACGAUAUCAAGCGAAAAAUUACGAACGGGACUUCACCUCCCACGAAAAGACUCAUGCCCCAAUCAAGGCCACUCUGUCUCAAGACGGAGAUUCCCUCGUACUAUCCUCCCUCCACCGCAACGGAAUUGAUCUAGUCUCCGGCCUAAUGGACGUCUGGUGCACGAUCAUGGGCGACUUUAUCCCUGAAAUCCUCCUUCCCAUAUAG